AUGGCCGAGGCCACCGGUAAGGAGGAGAAUAUAGCCUCCAUCGUCAACUUGAUCAUGCCUCCUACAACUCUUUCCACCACUAACGUUGAUGAGUUCAUGAGGUUCAGCGCGAGGAUCCCGGACCAUAUAAUCCAGAAAAGUCGGCUGGUGGCCGUGGACGAUGUGUUGGCGACCACGCUGGAGCUCAAGACGGAUGACCCUGAAGAGCAACGGCAAUCCUCUCCCUAA